AUGGUGGCCCGCGGGGCACCUACGGAGAGGGGGCCCGGCCCCCGGGGCCGCGGUGCUCAGCGCCGCACGCUGGCUCCGGAGCGCAUCGGGGGCUGGGCCGAGCCCGGGCCGCGUUGCCUCCCGCGCUGCGCUGCGCUCCGCGUUCGCCUAUUGAUCGGCUCCGCGGCGGCGGCGGCAGCGGCGGCGGAGGCGAGGAGUCAGGACGAUCUCAAUAGCCUAAGCCGGCAGCUAAAAGAGUUGAGCGUGCAGCCUGGGAGUAAGGCGUGCUGCCCCUACGAGCUUUUAAAAUACCGAAUCUGUGCCGGGGAAACCCUGCUGUUUACCACGUUAACACCUCUGGGCGUCUCCAGCACCCCUCCUUCUUCCAACGGUCCUAGCGCACAAAGCGCGGCUGGCCCUCGCUGCGGAUGCUCUCUGGUCUGGGCCCAGGGCUCCAGGAGCAUACACGCUAGAAGACAACUGAGAGAGGUGCCCGACGUGUACGCAGGGCCAGAGAUCCACCAGGUUCCGGGGUCUGAGCUGGCGCAAUUCACUCACUCUCGGAGCCACCAACCCCCAUCUCUUCCCUCUCCUGGUUUCAGCUCCCCCAAGUGCCUGCUUGUGUCCCCAUCUCGGGGAGUCGCUGCAGCCCUGGGUCUCCCAGCCGGGCCAGUGUUUUCCUCCCAAGGCCCAGAGUCCCCCCAGAGGCGGUGCGGGCUGGCCAUCCUUCAGCUUCCUGCAGACGCUGUGGCGUGCGCUCCCACUGCUCACCCCCCCCCCCCCCCCCCCCCCCGCGCUGGGGUUACAGCAGCCACACGGACUUGCAGAUGCGUGGCCUGGCGUAGCACCGGGAGGAAUUCACAUUUGACUGUGAAUCUGGCCUCGGAGCAUCCCAGGAGGCGCGGGCCGGGCGCCGCCACGUCUGCCGUGCAACUCUGGCUGAGCCCUGUAAGCUGUCAGGGCCUCGGAGGCUGUCCCUGGGUCCAGAGACGCCACGGGAAACUUCGGGGUAAACUUUGCAAACUUCUCUCCCCGCGCCAGAGAGGCCGCCGGUCGGAAAGACUUCAGCAGCGGCGGCGUGGACCCCAGGCCGGAUUUGUGCACCGCGGAGCGGCCCGGCCUCCCCAGGAUGGGCGCGAGGUUCUCCAGCCGGCCCUCCGCGCUCCUGAUCCUCCCGGACCAGGCCCUCUGCCACCGGCCUUCGAGUGGCCAGAUCUGCGCGGCAGCUCCCGGAAUCCCAGCAUGGAUGGAAAACCGUGGCCCUGAGCUACAGUAGUUUUAUUUCUUUUUUCCUCUUCAGGAUCAUCCCUUUUCCACCUGCGCCAAGCAUUUCCGCUGACCUCCUUGUUUUUUUCCGUCCUGUCUAUUCCUCGCAUUUUCUGUGUGUUUGAUUUCCGGGGCAUGUUUUUCCUCUUUUUUUGACUCUCUAUGUGUUGUUUUUGGUUCCUUUUUUUCUGGGUAUUUUUUUUUAUUUCAUUUUUUUCAACCCCGUUUUGCAUCUUUCAUCCCUCUCCCUUUCUCCGUUUCCUCUUCUUCUUUUUUUCCCUCCCUCUCUUUCGUCCCGAUCCGUCCUAUUUCAAUCUUGGUCUAUCCCAGGCUCUCUUCUCCUGGUUUAUUCUCGCUCCCUUUCCUCUACAGAGUCUGUCCCCUCCCCCGCCCGUGGAGCUGCUUCCCCGGCAUCCCCUUCUCAUCCAUCUUGGGAGAUGAAUAUGUCGCCUUAUUGGAUGCUGAGGCCAGAGCAGGGCGAUGGGGCUCGGCCAACGUCGCACAUUUUCUUCAUGCAUAUUGAGAAUAUGGUAAUGAGCGCUUUUGCAUUGUUGCAUGGAAAUGAUGCGUUUCCCUCUGCUGUGCGGAGUGGGCAAGGUUGGUGUGGACCCAAGAGAGCCCGAUAGUGGGCACCCGGCCUUGUGGCCCUAGUUAUCCACUGGGGGACGAAGAAAUGACCUCUAGGAGCGCCCUGCCUGCCCUCCGCCUGCUCUGCCUUCCACCAAGGCGCCGUUGCCCAGGUUAAAGCCUGGUGAAGGGAAACCAGCUUCUCCCGCUCCCGACUGUCUGGCGCGCCCCAGGUCCAGCGGCCUCGGAACCUUUCCUGGCAAUCAGAGUCCUGUGAAGGAGAGCCUGGCUGUGUUCUCUAACGGCUACACGUUGUUUGCGACUCGAGUGACCUUUUAGAAUGAAACAUAGCCGCACCGCGUGCCCUGCGCCACACGCGUCUCCUUCAUCCUGGGGGUGCGUGGGCAUCGUUUGACCCUGUCAGGUUGACCCAGCUGGCUGUCAGAGACCCACUUCUUUUCUAGACAUGGGCUCAGCGGCGACGAGGCUGACUCCCAGUAAUCCAACAGAGGCAGCCAAGCUCGGGUGACGGGCCCAGGGCCCCGAGAAGGGUGAAUGUAGGGAUAACGCCCGCGCCAUCACCACCCGUUCACCAUGUCCGAGCGAGGGGCUGUGGAUUAAAAAAUAAGGGACAAGAGACAGCGAGUCAUUCGCCACGGCUGAAUGCCGAAUGCCAGCCAAAUGCCGUUUAUUGAAAGAGGGAGGAAACCUUAAAUACAGGUUUACAGCACAAUGGCGGAUCCCCGGAGGGCAGAAGUUUGCUACAUUUUUGCAUCUAAGCUGUUUACACCAAAUGCAGGAUACAGGAACAAAGAACCUCCGGUAGAACGUUAGGUGAGAAGGAAACCGGCAGGGAAUCUGAAUAGGGAGGACAUGUGGUCAAGGUCGGCAAGCAAGGCGGCUGCCACUCACAGUGGGGGGCCAGGGCCCACAGGUGAAAGUCGGCAGAGGCAGGCCAGGCUCUGCUUGGGGCUGGAAGGGAAGAGAUUUAUGCUCGCUGGGAGCUCAGGGCCCCAGGGCCCACAUCUAGCGGGCAAACCCCACAGCCCACCGCAGGACAUUUUCCUGCCUCCUUGUCCCCUACUUCCUACUAGGGAAGUCCCUAGCGGGGGCUCCGCAGGCAGCCGAAAUGCAUUGUGGAAAGGCGGCCAUUGUCUAGGGUCAGGUUUCUCAACCUUCAAGCAUCCUGCCAGCACUCUACUGUUAGGGACUGAAGAUUUUUCCUUAAAUUGAGUCCUUUACAAAACUCAAACGCAUCGUUUUGGAAAAGUAUUUGGUCCAUCCACCACCUCUGCAGACGGGAAAGUAGCUGUUGGCAGAAAAGAAACACGGCUAACAGCAGCACACCAUGCUCCUGAGCCUUGCCCCUUCCUCCUUGGGGUUCAAGUACACCCGGUGGUAUUAACAAACGCUGGGGGUGUGAGUAGUGACUCUAAGAAAUGAGAGCCUGAAAAGGGAAUGUUUCUUUCUCGGUCUCCUAUGAGCUAAAAUGACAUCAAGGGUCUCCAGGGCUGUCCUGACUUAGGGUUUGCUGGCGCUGUUAAAACAAAUGCGAACAUGUCAAGGCAAAACUUAACAUGCUGAGUUAUUAUUACCAAAUCAUCUCAUUCAACGUUUUUAGGCAACACUGCAUUUAAUUCUCACCAUCCUUCAGUGGGCAGACUGUUGAGAGGCCACACAUGGUUGUGUAGGAUGUUUGCUGAGAAGCAGACUUCCAAGAGGGUAAGAGGGUGCCGAAGUCACCCCCUCUGUGUCCACCAAGCUGUGUGUUCUGGUUUAGGCGAAACAGGGAAACUAUUCCUCUAAUCUGCACAAAAAGUUAGGAGGAUGACUCAGUCCUUGAAAAAUUGGAAAACUGAGGGUUUGGGAACUUGGAAAAGUGUGGACUGAUGUUUUUAACUGUUCCCUCUGGGACCAGAGGGUUGGAGUCUUUGAGAACUGGGGCAGGGAUCUGGGAAGACUACCCACUGGAUGGGUUGAAGGGAAGAGCCAACAGGACCCCAGAUGCCUAUCCCUCACGCUCCUCAUUCUUUACCAAGUCCUUGGCCUGGGCUGGAGUGAACACUGAGCGGGUGUCCAGGCUUCAGUGCCCCUGCUGGGGUCCCACUUUGGGAGGGAAGGAGAGGUCUACAGUUUUAGGUCUAAUGAUGGGUAUCUGAACAACGUAGACUUUUCAGAAGUUUACAACAUUUGCCAUCCCCCCCCACAUUCCCACCCACACUGCUGGAGCUUCCAGACUCCCCCCUGACACAUGGAGAUGGUCUAGUACCUCUACUUUUGUGGUUCAUCUUAGUAGUGACUUCUCCAUUGAUCCAAUUGUCUACAUGGUAUUUUAAGACCACUCAAACAUUUAGAUCUCAAGGUUUGUUUGACAAACUGGAAGGCUAAAAUAUACAAGACCUGUCCUUCAGACCCCUCGUCCAUCUUCCUUCCCUUCCCUCCCCCCUCAACUUCUCUCUUCCCCCUCCCUUCUUCCCCCUUCCUUUCUUCCCUUUCCUUCCCUUUUCCUUUUCUCUCCCCCUUCCUCUCCUCUUCCUGCCCCUCCCCUUCAUUCCCAGUUAGGCAAGCCUUUUGCCACAAAGCCACACACUCAGCCCCGACCACCUUCCUAUCUGAGUGCAAUCUUCUAGAGCCCGCUGUGGUUCAGUCCCAAGCUCAUCGGCUUCUCUCAGGGACCUCUAGGUAGUAGGGCUGGUAGCCACUCGUGAUGUCCAUGAAAAUGGAUCAGAUCCUCUGGUAGACAGUCCUACUCAUGAAAAGAAGACCUAGGGAUGGAGAGCAGCUGCUGCAAGGCUGAGAACCUCUUCCUGACUUUCUUCCCUGGCCCUCUCUGCUUUCCCGGGGCUCACCCAGGGUGGGGUAAGGUUGAGCUCCCAUUGGUUGAGGGCUGCUUUCUAGAAGUCCAAGGGAUGGAUAGUUGUGUCCUUUUGCGCUGUGGUCACAGAGUUGUAGCAGGGCUGAUCCUUGAGCUUCUAGGAGAAUCUAGAUAGGCUGCUGCCCAGUAGGAAUGAUGGAGCCAGGCCCUCCCAAUGCCCCCCGUGGCUUAGGCCUGUCUUGGUUCUCAUGAACCAUCUUGGAGAUGAGUUCCGUCUCUUCCAGGAGAGUUUGUUUCUUCUCCGUCAUUCUCUCACUCUCUCCCUGCCUUGUCUUCCUUUCCCUCUUUCUCUGCGUCAAGCAGCUGCAGGAAGCCUUCUCCGCUCCGAGCGCUGGGCGUGGAGCGGUGAGGGUACACAGACUGGCUCGAAUGCCCUUAUGUUUCAGUGGGGGCGACCAAAUGAGGACACAGGUGAGAGAAGGCGAGAGGCCAGGGAUGGCGUGGAUAGAGCCCUACCCGACCCAGAGCCUCCUGGAACACCAGGAAGGAAGCCUGUUUGGAAGCGUGAUGACAGCUGACGGGAUCCUCUACGGUACACGGCUGCUGUCAUUUUGUCUCACGUUCGAAGAGGGAAGGAUCUUCUCAGUAUGAAAGCUUAGAAUUGGCUUCUGGUGGAGCAGUGAGAUGUUAAUUCUGCACGUGGGUUGUUGUGGAGAGAGCUCCUGGCUUCCCGCGCUGUUUUUUGGAUCACAUGGUUUUGGAUCACAUGGACAGCAGGUAGCAGUGUGGGGUGGUCUACAUGGGAGUCACCAAGGCCUCCCCCCGUGUAGGUUAUUGAGCUGCGUGGACUGGUGCAUCCCUAUAAUCCCAAUGGGCUCCCCAGACCUUGAAUUUGGGGUGACUGUGGCCUCUGCUGCUCACUUCACUGCAAGUUCCUGAGAGCUACUAGCCAGAGACUCUAGCUAAGUCUCAUGUGUCUGGAUUCCUGACUCAAAGAGACUGUGACACAGUAAGUGCUUGUGUGAAGGCGGUAGAUCAGGGUCCCUAAACCUCUGUUCACUGAUUUUUGUAAAUAAAGUUUUAUUGGUUGCUAGCAAUGCCCAUCAGUGCCUGUAUUGUCUCCGCUGCUUCUGUACUGAGCAGUAGCGGCUGGUGGUUUCAUGAAGAGACCACAACUUGAGUAUUUGCUACCUAGCCCUUGGAGGGAAAAUUUGUUAAUCACUGACACAAUGAAGUCCAAAGCUAGAACAAUGUUCCCCCGCCAACAGAAUUUCCCAUUUUACUUGAGCUCACUGUAGUAGGCAUUAAUUGAGAGCCUACUAUGUACAGACAUGGUCUCAGUCAUACUUCAGGAUGCUGCCAUCGUUCUGUAUCUCUGUCUCCUCCACUGGGGUCUCGUUCCAUGCAUGCUGUAGGUGGGCCAGUGUCCAUGAAUAGAAGUCCAUUUUGUGAGUCUGGAGUGAGCAGUGAGCUCUUGACAACGUAUUAGGUCUGUGACCUCCGGGAGGAGAGCAGGAACAGAGGCACGUCUUUCUGCGGUGUCCAAGCAUGAUCAUUUUGUCUGGGUCCUCCUGUCCUGGGCCCCGAGUGUCUCACCCUCUUCUCUAGCACAAUGAUCCAGUAACUGAAGGGGUUCCGUGGGCGUGGUGGGGGCUGCCUCGGCAUCUGACAUCUGCUCUGAGUGGUCAUGCCACUGAGUGAGCUUUGCAGGUUG